CAAUCCACCCCAUAAUCGUCACUCUUUAAUCAAUUUUCACGUCACCCGUACUUUUCUACUGGUUUCAUCCCUUUCUUUUGAUUUUCAUUAAAGACCUACUAUGCUUUGAAAUCAGUAAUAGACAAGAGAGACCAAUUCUUGUUUCUUGGAAUAAAUACAGGUGUGCUCUUUUGGUCUUUGCAGAGAUAUUCUCCUGUGGGUUCCUUUGAGGGGUCUGGUUCUAUGGACCUCAACUGCUUCUGGGUUGUCUUCAUCCUGUUCUCUGGCCUAUGGAUUCUUGGUUUCUGUGAAGACCAAGAUGGUUUCUUGAGUUUAUCUUGCGGUGGAACUACAAAUUAUACUGAUUCAUCCAACAUUCGAUGGGUUUUGGAUAGUGCUUAUAUAAGCACAGGCAACACAACCACCAUUGAUUACAUUGAGGGUACCUCUUCAUCUAAUGUCCCUAUCCGCUUUUUCCCUCGUACUGAUCAGGGUCGCAAGUGUUAUAAGCUGCCAGUGAAGAAUAUGUCUUCUGUGGUGCUUGUUAGAGCUCAAUUUGUGUACAAGGACUAUGACAAACUUGGAAAACCCCCUGCUUUCUCUGUUUCUCUUGGCACAGCCAUUACUAGUACUGUAAAUCUCACCAUCAGUGAUCCAUGGAAUGAAGAAUUUGUAUGGCCAGCUAGUAAGGAUACACUAUCUUUCUGUUUACAUGCCAUUCCUGAUGGUGGAUCUCCGGUGAUUUCAUCGAUUGAAGUCCGGCCACUUCCUCAAGGGGCUUACCAGAGUGGAAUGGGAGAUUUUCCUAAUAAGUCACUUAGAAAGUCUUAUCGUAUCAAUAGUGGCUACACUAAUGGUUCCUUGAGGUACCCUUUGGAUCCAUAUGAUCGUAUCUGGGAUGCCGAUGAGAACUAUACACCCUUUCAUGUGUCGAUUGGAUUCAAUAAGCUACUUAGCUUCAACUUGUCUAGUCUUAGUGAGAAUCCUCCUCUUGCUGUUCUUCAAACUGCGAGAGUUCUGGCACGAAGAAAAGUCUUAACUUACAAUCUUGCUCUUGAUACACUAGGGGACUACUACAUUGUCCUUUACUUUGCUGGGAUUCUUCCUGUGUCCCCAUCUUUUGAUAUCUUCAUUAAUGGGGAUAUUGCUCAAUCUAAUUAUACAGUGACAAUGUCAGAGGCUAGUGCUCUGUACUUAACUAGAAAAGGAAUCAAAAGCUUGAAUAUUACACUGAAAAGUAUCAGUUUCUAUCCACAAAUCAAUGCUAUCGAGGUGUAUGAGGUUGUGGACAUUCCAUCGGAAGCUUCCUCAACUACAGUGUCAGCACUUCAGGUUAUUCAGCAGUCUACUGGCUUAGAUCUGGGAUGGGAAGAUGAUCCAUGCUCUCCAAAAUCAUGGGACCAUAUUGGAUGUGAAGGAAGCCUAGUCACAUCAUUGGAGCUUUCAGAUAUCAAUUUAAGGUCAAUUAGUCCAACAUUUGGUGAUUUGUUGGACCUCAAAACACUGGAUUUGCAUAAUACUUCACUUGCUGGAGAGAUACAGAACUUGGGAAGCCUCCAAGAUCUUGAGAAGCUGAACCUGAGUUUUAAUAAUCUAACAUCCUUUGGAACUGAAUUGGACAAUUUGGUUAGCCUUCAGAUUUUGGACCUGCAAAAUAAUAGCUUACAGGGAACAGUUCCUGAUGGCCUGGGAAAGUUGGAGGACCUUCAUCUACUGAACCUGGAAAACAACAAACUGCAAGGCAGUCUACCACAGUCUUUGAAUAAAGAAAGUUUGGAAGUCAGGACGACAGGGAAUCCAUGUCUUUCAUUCUCCACAAUGUCUUGCAAUGAUGUUUCAUCUAAUCCUUCAAUUGAGACUCCGCAAGUUACAAUCUUUACUAAGAAAAAGCCCAACAAAAGUAGUCAUAUGGCCAUUAUACUCGGUGCAGCAGUGGGAACCAUAUUUGUUCUUCUUGUCAUUUCUCUUUCACUAUUCCUGUACACAAAGAAACAAAGCAGUGGAUGCGCAUGCACGGACAGGGCUUUAACAGAUAUGCGAAACUGGAAUGCAGCAAGAAUCUUUUCCUACAAAGAAAUCAAAGCUGCUACAAACAACUUUAAGGAGGUUAUUGGCCGUGGUAGUUUUGGAUCUGUUCACCUUGGAAAGCUUUCUGAAGGGAAACUGGUAGCUGUGAAAGUGCGGUUUGAUAGGACUCAACUUGGGGCUGAUUCUUUUAUUAAUGAGGUGUAUCUGUUGUCACAAAUUCGUCACCAAAAUCUUGUAUGUUUGGAAGGAUUUUGCUAUGAAUCAAAGCAGCAAAUACUAGUCUACGAGUAUCUACCUGGUGGAUCAUUGUCUGAUCACCUUUAUGGUCCCAACAGUCAGAAAGUUUCUUUAAGUUGGGUUCGUAGGCUGAAAAUUGCUGUUGAUGCUGCUAAAGGAUUGGACUAUUUGCAUAAUGGGAGUGAACCACGAAUCAUACACCGUGACGUGAAGUGCAGCAAUAUUUUGCUGGACAAAGACAUGAAUGCCAAGGUAUGUGACUUUGGCCUUUCUAAACAAGUGUUGCAGGCAGAUGCAAGUCAUGUGACUACUGUUGUCAAGGGCACUGCAGGCUAUCUUGACCCUGAAUACUAUUCUACGCAACAGCUUACAGAGAAAAGUGAUGUCUACGGCUUUGGUGUUGUUCUUCUGGAGCUUAUCUGCGGGCGAGAACCAUUGCGUCACUCAGGAACUCCAGAUUCUUUCAAUUUGGUUUUAUGGGCCAAACCCCACUUGCAGGCAGGUGCAUUUGAGAUAGUGGAUGAUAGCUUAAAGGGAACAUUUGAUGUGGAAAGCAUGAGAAAGGCAGCCACAGUUGCAGUAAGGUCAGUAGAGAGGGAUGCCUCACAGAGGCCUAAUAUUGCAGAGGUAUUCGCAGAGCUGAAAGAAGCCUACAAUAUUCAGCUCUCAUAUCUUGCAGCUCGCGACAUGUAAAUAGCUUUCCAGAUCAAUACAAAUGAGAAAGAUUUGUAGUCCUUGUCAAAGUUUGUGCUUUUUUGAAGUAAUUUGAAGGAAAGAGCUUUUAUGGAUGAUUCAAGUAAGUUAUUUAGCAGAAGGCUAUCUCGGAGUAUCUAUACAUGUACCUUUCUCUAUUCAGUCAAUGGAAAGAAAGAAAAUUUUUGUUUCAUGCAAAACACUUGCCAAGAUAGUGCUCUUCAGAGACUACUCAUUUUAAGUUUUAACCUCCCAAGCUACCGUGGUGGUGGUUGCUAGCCUUAUGGUUUCAGGAACAGAGAACCAGAUUACCAGAAAGUUGCUGAUACACAGAAAAAUCUGCAACUGGUGAUAGCUGCAGCUGCUCCAAUGGACACUAAAGACUGCUUGUUAUGCACACAUUUGCUACAUUUGCCCUGGUGUAAUUGGAAACUUUAGGUUAUGCCAAGGACGUGAUUGCCUCAAUAUAGACUAUAUAAUUGAAUGCAACAUUUUGAAGCA